AUGCCUGAUUUAGUGCAUCUACCAUAUGCUAUGUAUCCUAGUGCAUCGACUGUAUCAACUUUACUUUGUCAACACCUCACCUUCACUUCACCAACACCUUCACUUUACCAACACCACACCUUCACUUCACCGACACCUCAUCUUCACUUCACCAAGACCUCACCUUCACUUUUCCAAUACCAUAUCUUCACUUCACCAACACCACACCUUCACUUUUUCAACACCUCACCUUCACUUUACCAACACCACACCUUCACUUUUCCAACACCUCACCUUCACUUUACCAACACCACACCUUCACUUUACCAACACAUCCCCUUCACUUUACCAACACCACACCACACCUUCACUUUACCAACACCUCACCCCACCUUCGUCAACACCUCAGCUCCACUUUACCAACACCUCACCCCACCUUCGUCAACACCUCAGCUCCACUUUANCCUCACCCCACCUUCGUCAACACCUCAGCUCCACUUUACCAACACCUCACCCCACCUUCGUCAACACCUCAGCUCCACUUUACCAACACCUCACCACACCUUCAUCAACACCUCACCUCCACUUUACCAUUACCUCACCUUCACUUUACCAACACCUCGCCUUCACCAUUCAUCAACUUCACUUCACCAACACCUCACCAACACCUCACCUUCACUUCCCCAACACCUCACCUCACCACACCACACCUUCACUUCACCUUCACUUCCCCAACACCUCACCAACACCUCACCUUCACUUCCCCAACACCUCACCAACACUUCACCUUCACUUCCCCAACACCUCACCUCACCACACCACACCUUCACUUCACCUUCACUUCACCAACACCUCACCCUCACUUUAAUGAAAGUAGAAUUCCACACUCAAUUUCAGACCUUUGAGAGGCUUUAG